AUGAGAACCCAUACAGGAGAAAGACCCUACAGGUGUGACCAGUGUGAUUAUUCGGCAGCAAUAAAACGCAACUUAAAUUGUCACAUGAGAACCCAUAGAGGGGAAAGACCCUACAGGUGUGACCAGUGUGAUUAUUCUGCAGCGCGGAAAGACACCUUAAAUGGUCACAUGAGAACGCAUACAGGGGAAAGACCCUACAGGUGUGACCAGUGUGAUUAUUCGGCAGCAAUAAAACGCAACUUAAAUUGUCACAUGAGAACCCAUAGAGGAGAAAGACCCUACAGGUGUGACCAGUGUGAUUAUUCGGCAGCAAUAAAACGCAACUUAAAUUGUCACAUGAGAACCCAUAGAGGGGAAAGACCCUACAGGUGUGACCACUGUGAUUAUUCUGCAGCGCGGAAAAGCACCUUAAAUGGUCACAUGAGAACGCAUACAGGGGAAAGACCCUACAGAUGUGACCAGUGUGAUUAUUCUGCAGCACUGAAACGCACCUUAAAUGAACACAUGAAAACUCAUACAGGAGAAAAACCCUACAUAUGUGGGGCGUGUGGAUUCAGGACAGGACAUAAAAGAGACUUAACGUGUCAUAUGAGAAGACAUACAGGAGAAAAACCCUACAAGUGUGAGCAGUGUGGCUAUUCUGCAGCCUACAAAAGUACCCUAAUUAGACAUAUGCAAAUUCACAUGUCUGAGGCAAUAACCUUGCAACUCAAUCGUUCUAUUUCAGAUGUAAAAAAUGCUAUCGCCAAUCUACACGACUAG